AUGUCACUUAACAUUCAGUUUCUUCAGUUGCUUCAAGAAAGUCAAAUUAUUACGGCAGCUAUUGCUGUUUUCGCUAUUAUUGGUGCUUUUUUCAUUUCAUUAAAAACUUUAAGUUUUUUAAAGCUGAUAAUUGACGUUUAUGUUCUACCUGGAAAAAGCGCCUGGGCUGUCGUUACUGGCGCGUCUGACGGCAUUGGAAGAGAAUAUGCUAUGCAACUAGCUGCUGCUAAAUUUAAUAUCCUUUUGGUUUCUCGUACUGCAUCCAAAUUAAAAACUUUGAGGGAUGAAAUUGAACAAAAAUAUGAAGUUGAUACAAAGAUGUAUGCUAUGGAUUUUACCAAAGGUACUCCAAUGGAUUAUGGAAAUUUAAGGGAUAUGAUUGAAGAACUUGACGUUGGAGUGUUGAUUAAUAAUGUUGCUACAAAUCAUGAGAUUCCAACACCAUUUUAUCUUGAGAGUGACGAAAUUAUUCAUAAUAUUGUUGAAGUUAAUAUUUCUGGACUUUUAAAAGUUACCAAGAUUGUAUUAUCGAAGAUGCUUCCAAACAAUCGAGGACUUAUCAUUAAUUGUGGGUCAUUUGCUGGGUCGGUUCCUACUCCAUAUUUAUCAGUAUAUUCCGGUUCAAAGGCCUUUAUGAAUCAAUGGUCACAAGCUAUAGGUGCAGAACUUAAAUCAAAAGGAAUUAUCGUUGAAAAUGUUAAUACUUAUUUUGUGGUAUCAUCCAUGUCAAAAAUUCGAAGACCGUCUUUAUUAAUUCCAUUACCAAAACCAUAUGUCAAAUCUGUAUUAUCUAAAAUUGGAAUUCCAGGAGGGGCUUCCUAUUAUCCUUUUAAUUCUAAUCCAUAUCCUGCUCAUGCGCUUAUUAACUGGUUAAUUUCUAAUACAUUUAGUUGGAGUUUCUGGGUAAAUUAUACACUUGGUAUGUGUUGA